GCUUUGAACUAUGGACUUUGUGGAAGAGGAAGAAGUGGGAUUGUGACGACAAGAGAAAAUCAGAUUCUGGGUUCUUUCUGUUCUUCAAGGUUAUGGCUCAGGAUAAACCCAAAAGGGUCUACCAAGCUUGGAAGGGAAGCAAUAAAUUUUUCUGCAGUGGAAGGUUUAUUUUUGGUCCUGAUGCAGCAUCUCUGUUCCUGUCCGUAGUCCUUAUUACUGGCCCUGCAAUUGCCUUUUGUGUAAAGGUUUACGAUCUAAUAGAGCACAUGAGUGACAAUCAUCAGUGUAAUUGGUACCCUGUAUUGGCUGUGGCCAUACUCCUCACUCUUUUGGACUUGACAUUCCUCUUCUUGACAUCAAGCAGAGAUCCUGGUAUUGUUCCUCGAAAUACAAAGCCUCUUGAACCAGAUGAAGCUGAUGUACCUACACCUUCAAUGGAAUGGGUUAAUGGCAGAACACCUCAUUUGAAACUCCCCCGGACAAAAGAUGUCCUUGUUAAUGGUCAUCCAAUAAAAGUAAAGUACUGUGACACUUGUUUACUAUAUCGCCCUCCCAGGGCAUCACAUUGUUCCAUCUGCAACAACUGCGUUCAGAGAUUUGAUCAUCACUGUCCUUGGGUUGGUCAAUGCAUCGGAAUACGGAAUUAUCGGUUCUUCUUCACAUUCAUAUCAACAUCAACCAUCCUGUGCAUAUAUGUCUUUGUGUUUUCUUGGAUCCACAUUGCAAAGGGACAAAAGAACGUUUGGGAAUCUAUCAAAACGGAAUACCUUUCUGAUUUUCUUAUAGUCUACUGUUUCAUAGCUGUAUGGUUUGUUGGAGGUCUCACAGUCUUCCAUCUCUACCUGAUAUGUACAAACCAGACUACUUAUGAGAACUUCCGAUACCGAUAUGAUAAGAAGGAGAACCCAUAUCACAAGGGAACAACGGGGAACUGUGCGGAAAUUUUUUGCUCUAGCAUCCCCCGAUCAAUGAAUAAAUUCCGGUCAUUCAUUGAGGAGGAUGAGCAUGUGAUGGUGACAUCUGUGACUCCCGAUCUUGGUGAAGGUGUUAUGAGCUCAAAAGAAAAAAUCGACAUUGAAAUGGGAGCAAGGCAUGCCGAGGACAGUGGUUUUCCACUUCCAAAUAUUUUGCGGAAUUUGGAUUACGAUGAUAUAGAGAAUAAUCUAAAGAGCACAGAGGAUGAAAGAAGGCAUGUUCUAGGGGCAUAUUUUCCAGUUGAAACUGAAGUGAAAGAGUCCCUGAGAAGGUCCUCCGGUGGAAAUGGACGAAUGGAUGGUCAGAUUCGAGAACCUAUGCGACAUUCGCCUGCCAGAGAAAGAGUAAGAGAAUCCGUUGAAGGCACCAUGCUAAUAGAUGGAACAAUAGAGGGAAACAAUGACAGAAAGUAACUCGUCAAAAAAUGGUUAAGUGCAGAGGUUUCUGCUACAUCAGUCUUUCCACAAUGUGUACAUCUUGAAGCAGAUGUUUUUAAGUAUGUCAGGUUUUUGCAGUUAUAUAUGGCGAUUGGUGGCUUGAGACAACUAUUAACUACUCAUGAUAUACAGGUUAACUACAAGUUUAUUAUUAAUGUUUUUGUGGGUAAAAGAUACAAGAUUUGUUGUUUGUUUCAAUCUGUCCUCUUCAAAGUUCAGACCCGUGAUUGUUGUAAAUGUUGUGUUUUCACAAUAAUGAUUGCAAUUUGCAAGGAAAUG